AUGGCGCCAGAAGUCUCGGGGGUCACGUUGCCCCUGGAUCAUAUCGCAAAGGUCCCAAUCGAACAUACCCGGAUCAUAAUCGACGACGACUCAGAACAUGAGCACGAGAUCGACAACCCCGCUCUCACUCUGAUAAGCGUGGGUAGGCAGAUCAAGCUGGAAGCUCCGCCAUUCAUGGUCCGACCGAAGGCGUACACGAAGAAAUUGGAUUUCACGGUCCUGGGGUCAAGCAACAGUUACUCCGUCACAAGGGCACUCAGACAUUGCUGCCGAGCUCCCCAACGCACUCCAAAUCCGAAUGGCCAAUGGUGGAAUUACGAUUUCAAGAUUCUCAACAUUUCGUUUCAGUCCAAGAAUCACCGCCUGGUUUACGAAAGAGAAUGUGUUCCUGCGAAUCACAAGUUCGAGACAUUGAAAUACAUUGCGGUCGGUAUAAGAGGCCCGAAUGUGAUGCCCAAGGAGAAGCUUUUGCCAAUUCACACUGGAGAUGAUCAAGGAAUGUUCAAGCAGAUAUACAAGGCUUCGCAUAGCCUCAGGCCGUGGCCACGACGCCUUCUUUCGCUCAAAAGUAUUUCUGGCUUCGGCAUUUAUCGGUGCUUCCCCAAGGUUGGCUACCAUGCCCCUGUUCAGCUACACCCAGAAACGCAGGGUACGCUCGCGUUGCUUUUUGCAGACUAUCAGGCAGAUUAUAUCGAGCCUGGUGGGCAGAGAUGGAUUCAGUGGAUGCACAGGGAGUUCAACGCCGGAUCUACUGAUCCGGAAGAGGGCAUAUAUGCUCUUGAACUCAUCUUAAGUUGGUCAGCACCGAAAUUCAUCUUCUGGGGCAUGUCGCCCAUUCUUCUCAGCUUGGCCAUCGGGAUUUGGUACAUGCAGCGGCGACUAAGUGACGGAGAUGACUUUAAUUCAGUUGUCCAGACAGCUUGGUCAAUCUCCUCAUAUAUAGUUACUGCUGCUACCGUCUUCCUCGGAGUUUUGGCGGCGAUAACUCAGUUUGGAAACAUUUGA